AUGCCAGCAAUGGUCGUUACGCCACUCACAUCAUCUUCGUUACUUAGAAGCUUUGUAAGGGUGUCUUCGGGAGCUAGCGCGUAUCGACAUGCUAAAAUUGGUGACUUCAAUCAGAUCCCGCCCACUCUACACAAUCCCUUUAAUGAUGAUCCUAUGUUGAAAAGAACACUUCGACGUCUUAUACCACCGACAAACUUUGAACGGGUGACGAAGGAGUUAUCUAAAUUUGGUGAUCGUAUUGUCGCCGAAAUCGAUGCUCUUGGAAGACAAUGUGAGCUGAAUCAGCCUCGACUGGAACAACAUGAUGCUUGGGGACGAAGAGUGGAUGAACUGAUAGUAUGCCCUGAGUGGUACCGUCUGAAGGAAAUCUGUGCUGAAGAAGGACUCAUUUCGAUCGGCUAUGAUGACAAGACGGAUUCUGUCACAAGACGUAUUCACCAGAUUGCAAAACUCUACUUAUUCUCUCCGUCGGCUGGCUUGACCACUUGUCCUAUGGCUAUGACCGACGGUGCGGUGAAAACACUGAAGGCUCUGGGCCUCUACGAUAAGCACGAUCUGACCAAGGAAUCAAUUGAUCGAUUGUUAUCCACCGAUGGAAAGAAAGCAUGGACUUCUGGACAAUGGAUGACCGAGAAAAGAGGUGGCAGCGAUGUUGCAGGAGGAUGUGACACCUAUGCUGAGCACAUUGGUGGUGACCAAUACCGCCUCUACGGUUAUAAAUGGUUCAGUUCGGCUAUAGAUGCAGAUAUUGCGCUCACAUUAGCCAGGAUUGUUGAAAAGAAUGGGAACGUCCAGAAGGGUUCUCGCGGACUUUCACUAUUCCUUCUAAGAAUUCGAAAUCAGGAUGGUCAGCUGAAUGGAAUCCAGAUGAUACGGCUUAAGAACAAAUUCGGGACUAAACAGUUACCUACAGCUGAGCUGCUACUCGACGGGACUUUAGCUCACUGUAUUGGUGAACCCGGAAGAGGUGUCGCAAAUAUUUCAAACAUGCUUAACAUCACGAGGAUUCACAAUGCCGUAGCGUCGGUGUCUGGUAUGAGAAGAAUGAUAUCCUUAGCUCGAGACUAUUCGACACGGCGCGAGGUAUUUGGUCAGACACAGGCUAAAUGGCCGCUUCAUACUGCGACUCUAGCUAAGAUGGAAGUGGAGACUAGAGGUUGCUUCCUUCUUCUGAUGGAGGCUGCACAGUUGAUGGGGAUGUCGGAAUCUGGAAGCCCGAAUGAGAUGGAAGUUGUUAUGCUUCGGUUGAUUACACCGAUAGUGAAGCUGUACACAGGGAAAGUGUGCGUUCCUCUAAUCUCUGAAGCAAUGGAGUGUUUUGGAGGACAGGGUUAUAUCGAAGAUACUGGAUUACCGGCUGCUCUUCGUGACGCACAGGUUACUCCAAUUUGGGAAGGAACGACGAACGUUCUUUCAUUAGAUGUACUUCGUGUGCUUGCAACCAGCAAAAAUGUCUACAGUCUAUUCGAGAAACGCGUAACUUCUUUGCUACCUUCCAAUGGCGUAUCCGAAUUGAAUGAGCCAAUUUCUGCAAUCCGAAAAGCCAUCAAUCAACUUGGUGCAAUUCUUGCUAAAGCAACUGUAACUGAUGAUUCUAUUCGUGUGGAUGCAUGUGCAAGGCAGAUUGCUUUUGGAAUAGCAAGGAUUUGGGCAGGUGCUCUCCUGAUAAGACAUGCGAGCGAUCCUGAGGCGACGAAAGGAGACCUGGACGUGUCCUACAGAUGGUGCUGCGAGCAACCAUUGGUGGAUUUGAAAGCGGAUUGGCUGAGCAGCGAUCGUAUACAACUCGAUCGCAGCAUAACCCCGGAGGGUGAGAUGAUUGAUACGCCUUCGAAAUUGUUGAUCUGUCAACUCGACAGACGCUGCGAGGACUUUUUCUAA